CAUAGAUUAGAACUCUGUAAUCGACUUUAAAACGCUUUGGCAAAGGAUGAUGGUUGCUACAAAAAAACGAUAGCUGUUUUAAGAGCAACGCUAUUCACACGAGAUUUCCAUGCUGUUUCGACAUUGCAUUUGUUGCUUCAAGACCCCGUCCAUACGUUUUCCUCAAUCUGACAGUUUUUUCUACCCCCUCAACUGACCUGAAUUUGGCAACCUGCUAAGGUAUCUAUUACUUGUUUUCAUUAAAGAUUUAAAUUCCAUCGGAUUGGUUUGCACGUGUUUUCCAUGCCACUCACUCUCAUUGGCUGAAAGGCACUUGAAUGGGUUCGGAUAAAGACUGGUGGCUCUCCAAAUAUAAACAGGUGGAUUGCAUCUCGACAAAAACAAAUUGGCCUCGAGGUAAACAGCCUUAGACUGCAAGAUGGCGGGGUAUACUCAUAGAGAUAACCAGGAGAGCGAAACUUGGCAAACCGAAAAAAGAACCAUCGCUGAACGCAGUCGACACAUGUUUAAUAAUGAGCUUAUGAGCGAUGUUCAUUUUCUCGUUGGGAGGUCGGAAAAAUUGAGAAUUCCGGCGCAUAAAUACGUGAUGGCUAUCAGCAGCCCCGUGUUCUACGCGAUGUUCUACGGCAAAAUGGCCGAGCGAGAAAAUGAGAUAAAAAUUGGAGACUGCGAAGCGAAUAGUUUUCUUGAACUCUUAAGGUACAUUUACUAUGACGAGGCAAAAAUCGAUCCGUUGAACGUUUUUGGUGUUCUGUACUUGGCGAAGAAGUACAUCCUCCCGUUUUUGGCUGAGAAGUGCGUGUAUUUUCUCGAAGAGAACAUUGACCAUCAAAAUGCUUUCACGUUGCUCGCUCAGGCGCGCUACUUUUGCGAGCCAAAACUGGAAGAAAAGUGCUGGGAAAUAAUCGACAGAGAAACCUCUCGGGUUCUCUCCUCCGAAGCCUUCACAGAAAUAGACCACGAGACAUUACUUGCUGUUCUUACACGUGAUACCCUCACGGUGCUUGAGGCAGAGCUGUUCAAAGCUAUAAAGCGCUGGGCCGAAGCGGAAUGCAAUCGGAGAAUUCUCCCACCAACACCGGAGAACAAACGUAGCGUGCUUUCGAGUGCGCUGAAUUUCAUAAGGUUUCCUGUUAUGACCCUGAAGGAGUUUUCGGAGGACGCUGCGCAGUCAGGGAUUCUCACGUCAGAGGAAACGAUAAAUAUAUUUCUAUACUUCGGCUCUAAAGAUGAUUCCAAAGUGAACAGCUUUCUAACCCACCCCCGCCCGGGUGCGCAUAGAGUGUACCGCUGCACGAGGUUUCCCAGUUACGGGCAGGAUUGGAUGUGUGAGGGAACAAACGUCGACAGCAUUAAAUUCACAGUUGAUCGAGAUAUUACUGUGCUUGGGGUGGGACUUUACGGUAUAAGCAACAAGGAAGACACUACAAGAUCGUUUAGUGUGGACGUGGAACUUCUAGAUUCCCAUAACGAUGUCAUGUGUACCUACGAAGGAACGUUCUUUGCCGAUGUGAACAAGCGAGUACACGAUAUACUGUUUGACGAGCCCGUGAUCGUAAGGGGUCAUCGGCCCUACAUCAUACGGGUCCUGCUCAAGGGUCCAUCCACUCUGGGGGGUACUGACGGGAUGAGGGAUGUGAUCACGGAGGGCAUCAGAUUUAGGUUUGAUGUGGAUGAAGCCAGUUUUAAUGGAACAACAACAGCUGACGGACAAAUUCCAGAUAUUGUCUUCAAAAUCUAGAUGGCGGAUUGUUCAAUGAGACAUCGCAAAAGAGCAUGAAAGGUUAAAGAAUCAACCCCCAAUAUUGACCUUAUUCUUCAGGUAUCACUCGAGUUAUUUUUAGAUCACUCUAGAAAAAAAAUGUAAGAGAGAUUACUUCUGGAAUAAGCCUAAAUAGGGGAUUAAUUUUCUACCCUUCGUCCUCUCUUGGGCAUUCGCAAAAGCAGGAGCCCAUUACACGGAGCCUCCAUCUCCUAUACCAACCCUCUGAGUCAACCCUUUCCCGUAUCUUUCUUUUUACAAACAGUAAUGUUCUUGUGGUAGUUUUCACACGACCCUUUUUUUAACAGCCAAUGAUACCCGAGGAGCUGACAUCAUUUUAUGUUACAACAAUGACUGGGAUCCGCUUUGGCCGCUGUUUUGCUUUUUUUACUUACAGAAACAAGAUAUUGCGUGGGAAACAAAGAGACCCUUGCGCUAAUUACAGUUCUAAAAGUAGAAUGAUAGGGGAAGGGGUUGACUCUAGGUUAUAGUACGUAUGGAGGCUCCGGGUGAUGGGCUCCUGGCAAAAGUUAAUGUUUUUCCAUCGAUUUUUUCUCUUCA